AUGGCCACUGAUACCUCCUUGCGGGAGCCAGUUAUGGCAAGCCCUAUCAACAAGACCACCGACGAAGAGUCCCAGAGCCAAUCGCCCCCCAUAAUGACCGAAGCCGACUCUCCAUCUCCCUUAGAUGACCAGGGAAUGGAAGAUAAUUCUGCAGUACCUAGAAUGUCGUACCUGGCGCUCUUUUGGUUCUUCUUUUACCAUUUCGGCCUGUUCGCUUGGGGUGGUCCAGUUGCCCAAAUUGCCCUUAUCAAGGAGAAGUUGGUACUCCAGGACAAAUGGAUAACCUUGCCGCGUUUUCAGCGUGUCUUCGCUGUUUAUCAGAUCCUCCCAGGUCCUGAAGCCGCAGAGCUGUGUAUGUUCUUUGGUUGCUUAUCACGAGGCAGGAUCGGUGGUAUUGUGGCAGGGAUAGGGUUCAUCUUGCCGGGACUCGUUUUGAUGCUUCUGGCCAGCUAUCUCUAUUCUCUGGCCGGCUUUGAGAACAAAUAUUUCAACGCUUCGUUCCGGGCGCUCCAGCCGGUAGUGGCAGCUAUGAUACUGCGGGCAACCCACAAGAUCGCGGACCACUCUGUUCGGAAGCAGAAUAAGAAAAUAAACCCUUUCCUCGUCAUGGCGGCAGUCUGCACCGCAAUCAAUAGUGCUCUCCGAAUCAACAUAUUCAUCUCUCUUGGGCUGUAUGGUAUUAUCUACACCCUAAUUGCGCGAAGGUGGUGGAUCCCGGCAGGCAUCCUUUUCGCGCUACAGUACGUGGGCUAUGCGUUGUACGUUGUCUUCCGAGGGGUACCCUCGCCCGUGUCACUCGCGCUAGGCAUCGCCAGGACACCAUCUCUCAUCAAUCUUUUUGUCCUCGGACUCGUCGCUGGCGCGUUGUCAUUUGGUGGUGCGUACACGGCAAUCCCAUUCAUACAGGUUGAAGCAGUUCUCCUGGGAGCUUGGCUUCCACAGAGAGUCUUCAUCGACUGCAUUGCUAUUGGAAACGUCCUUCCCGCGCCACUCGUUAUCUUUGCGACGUUUGUUGGUUUCCAGGGUGGAUAUGUAGAUGGAUCCCUGGGAAAGGCCUUUGCCGGUGCCGUUAUCAUCACUAUCGGAAUAUUCCUUCCUUGUUUUGUGUUCACUAUCGCCGGUCACCGACUGCUGGAGAAACUAGUGAGAAAUAAGUUUCUUGCUAGUUUCUUUGAUGGCCUUUGCGGCUCUGUGAUCGGGGUAAUAGCUGUCAUAGCGGCCCAGCUUCUGAAGGCUUGUGUGGAGGGUUCUGUAGAUCGGAUAAAGGGCAAGCCUAUGGAUGAGGUGGUCGGAGCGGUAGCACAGGUAGGGCCUGCUGCAGUCCUCUAUGUUCUGGCAUUGGGAGCUCUUUACAAGUUUAGCAACAAGUACACUGCCCUCUUGUUAGUUAUAAUAGGUGCCGUUGCUGGACAGUUCUUGUUUGUGGAUUAA